CCAAAGCAUCAGAUUUGUGCUUGAAACUCCUCCUCCUCCUCCUCCUCCACCACCACCUCGCCUUCUCUUCUUUUUGUCUUGCGUCGCAGCAUGGUGAGGAACCCCCUAAAAGCCAGGCCGACGCUGGUGCUCAUCAGCCUUCUUCUAAUGGCGGACCUGGCAACCGUUGGCUAUAGCCGAAGAGUUGCAGAACUGGGUGCGUUAGCCGUGAGCGACAGCGGCGGCGGUGGCGGUGGCUCGCCGCCGGGCAAAGGCUGCUGCUUGCCCAACCAGUCAUCUUCUUCAGCGUCAGGGCGACACCUCGGUGACGAUUGUUGCAAGCAAAUGCGUAUUGUGUCCAAGAGGCUGGUGCCCCAGGGGCCAAACCCUCUGCACAACUGACCAGCUCCGGGCUCCAGGUCUGCACUUGCAUGCAUCGAGAGAUAGGCAGAGGCUUUUUCCUUUUUGUAACGCAGCCAUGCAGAGUGAUUAGUGGAGCUGCAGGUCUUCCUCUUCCAUGAGGUCAUGUAAAUUAUAGGCCUACAGCUUAGUUUGCCGCUAGCUCAUACGCUCUCUCUGUCACACACUUUUGUCACUUUUGAUUGAGAGCCGCUCUUCAUCGGUGACGGUGAGAGACUGAAACUUUGUAAUAAUGGAUGGUCGAGGGCAAAACUCUUGCAUAGGCUGGAAUUCUAUUUUCCUUUAUCUA